UUUACAACUCAGCUAGGAUUUUCGAUGAGUACAGUAUAGCGUAGGCAGUACGGUGUGUCAUGAUGUAGCUUUCUUUGUUUGCAUUACUGUAUAGCCAUACUGGAUCUAUAAGGAGCUUCUCUGUGAAGUACAUUUUAAUAUUUAGAUCAAACAAUGAUUUGAAUACAUGAAUGCCCUGUGGGUAAACAUGUCAUUUUUAAGCAGCUGCCGAGCUUUCUCCUUGCUGCUCCAAUUAACACAUUCAUCAUGCACACUUAUCGGUGAGUAGGCUGUCUAUAUGGAUUAAACCACUUUGUUGUUUGUUCAUCCACCAUGUGUGGUAUCAGAAAUGGAUCAGCACGGUUAACAUUUUUAAAACAAAUGAAAUGAAAUGAGGUCUUGAGCAUGUGCCACAGCAAACAUCAGGGUAGUUAUUAACAGGCUACAGAAAACUGUUUUGCCUUCAGAUAUGGUUGAGUCCAUUGACUAACAUGUAUCCCCGCCCCCCAGCUCCACUUCAAAUGAUGGAGACAUAGGAUAGUGAAAUUCUAGUGCUGGGAUUCCUCUUGCUGUCAGGCAGAUCUUCUGAACUUUGUUCUGUUUUGUUUAAAGGCUGAUCAAACACUUCUCUUUAUUUCCUUCUUUACCUUGAUUGCAAUUUUUCAACAUAAAAACAAUGGAUUUGAUAAAGGUCCUCUUAAAGGUAAAACAAAAUGCUUUGUCAUAAUUGAAACUGUUGGGGGUUUUUUUUGUUUUUUUAAUGGUAUCAGAGUGGCUAGUCAAAGGGUGCAGCUCUCCAUCUAUAUUUGCUGUUCAUUCAUGCUCAAACAGCUUUAUGUGAAGCUUAGCUGCUAAGACCAGCAAAAGGUAAACUGGGCUGUUAACUGUGCACUGGUGAAAGAGAUGGAACGUUUCUUGGGCUUUGUGAAGCAGAUAAGAAGAUCGAGAAGAAGAAAAGGCAAAAAGUACCGACCUGAGGAGGAUUAUCAUGAGGGCUAUGAGGAUGUCUAUUAUUAUGCUUCAGAGCAUUUUCGAAAUGAGAGUCCCUAUACUAAAUCUGCAAACCAGACAAAACCACCUGAAGGAGCAUUGGCUGUGAGGAGACAGAGCAUCCCAGAGGAAUUCAAGGGCUCAACAAUAGUUGAAUUAAUGAAAAAAGAAGGCACCACCCUAGGGCUUACGGUAUCGGGUGGAAUUGACAAGGAUGGGAAACCAAGAGUGUCUAACCUUCGUCAAGGAGGAAUCGCUGCUAGAAGUGAUCAGCUGGAUGUGGGAGACUACAUCAAAUCUGUGAAUGGAAUCAACCUGACAAAAUUUCGCCAUGAUGAAAUCAUCAGCCUCCUCAAGAAUGUUGGCGAGAGGGUUGUUCUAGAAGUGGAGUAUGAGCUCCCUCCAGUCUCUGUACAAGGAUCGGGUGUAAUAUUUAGAACGGUGGAAGUUACUUUACAUAAAGAAGGGAACACUUUUGGGUUCGUAAUACGAGGUGGAGCACAUGAUGACAGAAAUAAAUCUCGUCCUGUUGUAAUAACAUGUGUUAGACCUGGAGGGCCUGCUGACAGAGAGGGCACAAUCAAACCUGGUGACAGGUUGCUGAGUGUUGAUGGAAUUCGACUCCUUGGAACGUCACAUGCUGAAGCCAUGAGUAUACUGAAACAGUGUGGACAGGAAGCGACUCUGCUGAUAGAAUAUGAUGUCUCAGUAAUGGAUUCGGUAGCAACAGCAUCUGGACCAUUGCUAGUCGAAGUUGCCAAAACUCCUGGUGCUGCUCUUGGGGUUGCACUAACUACCUCGAUGUGCUGCAAUAAACAGGUCAUUGUCAUAGACAAAAUCAAAUCUGCAAGUAUUGCAGACAGAUGUGGUGCAUUACAUGUAGGAGACCAUAUUCUGUCCAUCGAUGGUACCAGCAUGGAGUACUGUACAUUGGCAGAAGCAACACAGUUCUUGGCUAAUACAGUAGACAAUGUCAAACUUGAGAUCCUUCCUCACCAUCAGACUCGGCUAGCACUGAAGGGACCAGAACACGUGAAGGUUCAAAGGAGCAACAGGCAACUUACCUGGGAUUCCUGUGCCAACAACCACAACAGCCUCAUCACCUACCACCAUUAUAAAACCUACCACCCUGACCAUUGCAGGAUGCCAGCCUGGAAAUUCCAGAAAACGCCUCCUCAAAAAAACCUUCCUUUGGUGUCUUCGUCCUUCUCUCCUACCUCCAUGAGUGCAUACAGCCUGAGUUCCCUGAACAUGGGGACCUUACCUCGCAGCCUCUACUCCACCAGCCCACGCGGAACAAUGAUGAGGCGGCGAAUGAAAAAGAAGGACUUCAAAAGCUCAUUGUCUUUAGCCUCUAGCACUGUUGGUCUGGCUGGGCAGGUUGUCCACACAGAAACCACAGAAGUAGCGCUGACAGCUGACCCCAUUGUAGGAUUUGGGGUACAGCUCCAAGGAAGUGUGUUUGCCACUGAGACCUUGUCUUCUCCACCUCUGAUUUCAUAUAUUGAUUGUGACAGCCCAGCAGAAAGGUGUGGGGUUCUACAAAUAGGAGACAGAGUAAUGGCAAUAAAUGGAAUUCCAACAGAAGACAGCACAUUUGAAGAAGCUAAUCAGCUUCUCAGAGACUCUUCUAUCACCGGCAAGGUCACUUUAGAAAUAGAGUUUGAUGUUGCAGAAUCAGUCAUACCAAGUAGUGGAACAUUUCAUGUAAAACUACCAAAGAAGCAUAACGUGGAACUUGGUAUCACCAUAAGUUCUCCAUCCAGUAGAAAACCAGGGGACCCCCUUGUUAUUUCUGAUAUCAAGAAAGGAAGUGUUGCUCACAGAACUGGAACGCUAGAACUUGGUGAUAAACUGCUUGCCAUAGAUAACAUUCGACUGGACAACUGCUCCAUGGAAGAUGCUGUUCAGAUCCUUCAGCACUGUGAGGACCUUGUAAAACUAAAGAUCCGCAAAGAUGAAGAUAACUCCGAAACCAAUUGCGUCCUCUUGGCAUUUAUUGCAGAUGAACAGGAGAGUUCUGGAGCAAUUAUUUACACUGUAGAGCUCAAGCGUUAUGGUGGUCCACUUGGGAUCACAAUUUCUGGUACAGAAGAGCCCUUUGAUCCAAUAAUCAUCUCAAGUCUUACUAAAGGCGGACUCGCUGAAAGGACAGGUGCAAUUCACAUAGGAGACCGCAUCCUAGCAAUAAAUAGCAGCAGUCUGAAAGGAAAACCUUUGAGUGAAGCCAUACAUUUGUUACAGAUGGCAGGAGAGACCGUCACCUUGAAAAUCAAGAAGCAGACAGAUGCUGCAAGCCCUAAGAAAUUUUCCAUCUCUGGUCACUUAAGUGAUCUGAGUGAUGCUGAAGAUGAAACCUCUUCUACACAGAAACCAAGUAAACUCUCAGACAUUUAUUCUACUACAGUUCCAAGUGUGGACAGCGCAGUAGAAUCAUGGGAUGGUUCAGGUAUUGAUACCAGCUUUGGAAGCCAAGGUCCCACCUAUCAGGCUUCAGGAUACAACUUCAAUGCUUAUGAAUGGAGGAGUCCUAAGCAAAGAGACAACUUGUCCCCUCCCAGUAGACCACGAAACCACCCUUUUCAUGACACAGGACUGAGUGAUGAUGAAUGGGACAGACCAACAGCAAGUGGCUUUUCAGGUGCCCACGGCAACAGUGAGACUGACCAGGAGGAAAACUUCUGGUCUCAGGCACUGGAGGAUUUAGAGACCUGUGGCCAGUCAGGAAUUCUGAGGGAACUAGAGGACAAGGCUGACAGGCGUCUGUAUUUGAGAAACAUGACUCUCUCGGCAACAAUUAUGUCAGGAAGUACAAUGAGCUUGAAUCAUGAAAAUCCACAGCCUCGCAGCCAACUGGGAAGACAAGCCAGUUUCCAGGAAAGAAGCAAUGUGAGGCCACAUUACAGCCAGGCUACCCGCAGUAACACACUGCCAUCAGAUGUGGGGAGAAAGUCUGUGGUUUUGAGAAAAAUUAAACAGGAAAUGAAAGAAAUCAUGUCACCAACGCCCGUUGAGUUACACAAGGUAACUUUGUACAAGGAAUCAGACGUAGAGGACUUUGGAUUCAGUGUCUCAGAUGGUUUGUUGGAAAAAGGCGUGUAUGUUAAAAACAUUAGACCAGCUGGACCUGGGGAUCUAGGUGGUUUGAAGCCAUAUGACAGACUUUUACAGGUAAAUCAUGUUCGUACCAGAGAUUUUGACUGCUGUCUAGUUGUGCCUCUUAUAGCAGAAUCUGGCAAUAAACUGGAACUGGUUAUUAGCAGAAACCCACUGGCCUCUCAGAAGAUGACCUCAGAUCAACAAACUUUAGCAGUUGAGGAAUGGAAUGACCAAAAUAAUGCCUUCCUUCAACAAACCGGCCAUACUGCUAGUGUGGAGACACGAGAACCUACAAACACAAUAUAGCAACAAGUUAUUUUAGUGGGACACUCAGAAAUGAGAGACAAUAUAUGGUGCUAAAUCCCCUUUUCAGAUUUCUGUGACACUUGAGGCACAGAUGUCAUGUGGCAUUAAAAAGCACAGAGGGUCUAACUAUCCCUCUCAAGGUUUGUGUUACUUCAUGGAUUACUUUAAAAACUGAGUAUGGUUUUUAAUGUGAUGGCCACUGAGUAGUGCUAUUCCCAACUAAACCUGAUGUCAGAGAAGUCAUGAUAUUGAGUAAAGAAAAUGGCUAAUGGACUUUUCUUUUUUCCUUCCCUGAAGUAGCAGAAAGGGAGACCUUUUAAAGAGACUGAAUUGCUCCUUCCUGUCUUAACCGCAUCAUUAUUUUUUGAGCAGAAAAACUAGGAUUAGUCUUUUUCCACAGGUGUCUGGAUUUUGGUUUUUUUUAAUAAAGCUAGCUGGCUACUGAGUGGGGGGGGGGGGAUCAUGAGAUAGGGAGGGGUAUGCUGCCCCAAUACGGUUAGAGUAGUGUUUUGUGAACUAUUGUUCCGCUGGUUGUGCUGCAGCACGAGGGGUGCAGCCAUCACACUAAGUGCUGUUCAAGUGUUUUAACAAAGAUGCACGUAGGAAGCUGCAGGGUGGUGUGGUAAAGUUUACUGCCCAACUGCACUACAAUUUUAUUAGAAGUUACGUUAUUCCCUAUGCAGUGGAAGUACUAGACGGGAUGUGUCUUGGAACUGUAAGAUUCAUUUUAAGCAGAGAUGUUUUAGGUAGUGGGAAACUUCUGAUGAAGGAUUACUCAAUAAAAAUUAAAGGACUUUUUUUUUAAAAAAUCCUUUAAUUUGAUUUAAAUAAUUCAAGUGGAAAUUUUUAUAUUGUAUCAGCUACUAGUAGCAAUGGAGGACUGAUGUAAAAUCCAUUCAAAUGAGAAUGAUUCACACAAGGACAUACAAAUCUAAAUCUUUACUUACUUAU